AUGAUUGCCGAGACUCUCCCCCAGGAGGUUCUGGCCAAGAUGUACGCUCCACCUAAGUCUCACUACCCCGUGGCGGACCCCAACAAGCUGCUGGAGUAUGAUGCCUUACUCUUGGGCAUUCCUACUUGUUUUGGAAACUUCCCCGCCCAGUGGAAGGCUUUCUGGGACAGCACUGGUAGCAUCUGGGCCUCUGGUGGCUACUGGGGCAAGUAUGCAGGUCUCUUUGUCUCAACCGGUGGUCAGGGUGGCGGCCAGGAGUCAACCGCUCUUGCUGCUAUGAGCACCUCGCGCACCAUGGCUUGA